AUGUUGGGGUCCAGAUGGGCUGGGAAGAGUUCAUCAGGAAACACCAUCCUGGGCAGAAAGGAGUUUGACCUGAGGACAUCUGCUCAGUGUGUGAAGAGACAGGGAGAAGUAGCAGGGAGGCAGGUCACUGUGGUCGACACUCCAGGAUGGUGGGAGAAUUACCCUAUAGAGAAGACUCCUGAGCUGAUUAAACAGGAGAUCAUGCUCAGUGUGUCUCUGUGUCCCCCAGGACCCCACACUCUCCUCCUGGUCAUACGAGUGGAUAGAUCAUUCACUGAGGAACACAGAAGAUCAAUAGAGGAACACCUGGGUCUUCUCAGUGAGCUGGUCUGGAGUCACACUAUAGUGUUGUUCACCUGGGGGGACUCUCUGGGAGACACAACCAUUGAACAGCACAUUGAGAGUGAAGGGAAGGACCUCCAGUGGCUUGUUGAGAAAUGUGGAAACAGGUAUCAUGUUCUCAACAAUAAGAACAGGGGUGAUGGAACUCAGGUCACAGAGCUGCUGGAGAAGAUCGAGGAGAUGUUGGCAAGAAACAGAGGAGGACAUUAUGAGAUAAACAGAGAGAUACUGGAGAAGAUAGAAGAGAGAAGGAUGACAGAGAAAGAAAGAGGGAAACAGAGACUGAUGAAGGUGAAGGAACAGAGACAGAGCCUCAGAUCACUAAUGGUCUCCUCUCUGUCAUGUGACUCCCUCCAUAUCUAAGAUCGGAGGAUUAUCCUGUUGGGGUCCAGAAUAUCUGGGAAGAGUUCAUCAGGAAACACCAUCCUGGGCAGAGAGGAGUUUGACCUGAGGACAUCUGCUCAGUGUGUGAAGAGACAGGGAGAAGUAGCAGGGAGGCAGGUCACUGUGGUCGACACUCCAGGAUGGUGGAGGAAUUACCCAAUAGAGAUGACUUCUGAGCUGAUUAAACAGGAGAUCAUGCUCAGUGUGUCUCUGUGUCCUCCAGGACCCCACACUCUCCUCCUGGUCAUAUGGGUGGAUAGAUCAUUCACUGAGAAACACAGAAGAUCAAUAGAGGAACACCUGGGUCUUCUCAGUGAACUGGUCUGGAAUCACACUAUAGUGUUUUUCACCAGAGGGGACUUUCUGGGAGACACAAGCAUUGAAGAACACAUUGAGUGUGAAGGGAAGAACCUCCAGUGGCUUGUUGAGAAAUGUGGAAACAGGUAUCAUGUUCUCAACAAUAUGAACAGGGGUGAUGGAACUCAGGUCACAGAACUGCUGGAGAAGAUAGAGGAGAUGGUGGCAGGAAACAGAGGAGGACAUUAUGAGAUGAACAGAGAGAUACUGGAGAAGGUAGAAGAGAAAAGGACGAAAGAGAAAGAAAGAGUGAAACAGAGACUGAUGAAGGUGAAAGAACAGAGACAGACUCUCAGAUCACUAAUGGGUGACUCCUUCCAUCUCUCAGAUCUGAGGAUUGUCCUUCUGGGAUACAGACAAUCUGGGAAGAGUUCAUCAGGAAACACCAUCCUGGGCAGAGAGGAGUUUGAACUGAGGACAUCUGCUCUGUGUGUGAAGAGACAGGGAGAAGUAGCAGGGAGGCAGGUCACUGUGGUCGACACUCCAGGAUGGUGGGAGAGUUACCCAAUAGAGAUGACUCCUGAGCUGAUUAAACAGGAGAUCAUGCUCAGUGUGUCUCUGUGUCUCCCAGGACCCCACAUUCUCCUCCUGGUCAUACAGGUGGAUGUUUCAUUCACUGAGAAACACAGAAGAUCAGUAGAGGAACACCUGGGUCUUCUCAGAGAGCUGGUCUGGAGUCACACUAUAGUGUUGUUCACCAGGGGGGACUGUCUGGGAGAUACAAGCAUUGAACAGCACAUUGAGAGUGAAGGGAAGGACCUCCAGUGGCUUGUUGAGAAAUGUGGAAACAGGUAUCAUGUUCUCAACAAUAUGAACAGGGGUGAUGGAACUCAGGUCACAGAUCUGCUGGAGAGGAUAGAGGAGAUGGUGGCAGGAAACAGAGGAGGACAUUAUGAAAUGAACAGAGAGAUACUGGAGAAGGUACAAGAGAGAAGGAAGAAAGAGAAAGAAAGAGUGAAACAGAGACUGAUGAAGGUGAAGGAACAGAGACAGACUCUCAGAUCACUAAUGGGUGACUCCUUCCAUCUCUCAGAUCUGAGGAUUGUCCUUCUGGGAUACAGACAAUCUGGGAAGAGUUCAUCAGGAAACACCAUCCUGGGCAGAGAGGAGUUUGAACUGAGGACAUCUGCUCUGUGUGUGAAGAGACAGGGAGAAGUAGCAGGGAGGCAGGUCACUGUGGUCGACACUCCAGGAUGGUGGGAGAGUUACCCAAUAGAGAUGACUCCUGAGCUGAUUAAACAGGAGAUCAUGCUCAGUGUGUCUCUGUGUCUCCCAGGACCCCACAUUCUCCUCCUGGUCAUACAGGUGGAUGUUUCAUUCACUGAGAAACACAGAAGAUCAGUAGAGGAACACCUGGGUCUUCUCAGAGAGCUGGUCUGGAGUCACACUAUAGUGUUGUUCACCAGGGGGGACUGUCUGGGAGAUACAAGCAUUGAACAGCACAUUGAGAGUGAAGGGAAGGACCUCCAGUGGCUUGUUGAGAAAUGUGGAAACAGGUAUCAUGUUCUCAACAAUAUGAACAGGGGUGAUGGAACUCAGGUCACAGAUCUGCUGGAGAGGAUAGAGGAGAUGGUGGCAGGAAACAGAGGAGGACAUUAUGAAAUGAACAGAGAGAUACUGGAGAAGGUACAAGAGAGAAGGAAGAAAGAGAAAGAAAGAGUGAAACAGAGACUGAUGAAGGUGAAGGAACAGAGACAGACUCUCAGAUCACUAAUGGGUGACUCCUUCCAUCUCUCAGAUCUGAGGAUUGUCCUUCUGGGAUACAGACGAUCUGGGAAGAGUUCAUCAGGAAACACCAUCCUGGGGAGAGAGGAGUUUGACCUGAGGACAUCUGCUCAGUGUGUGAAGAGACAUGGAGAAGUAGCAGGGAGGCAGGUCACUGUGGUCGACACUCCAGGAUGGUGGGAAUAUGAUUCUCUAAAGGAGACUCCUGAGCUGGUUAAACAGGAGAUCAUGCUCAGUGUGUCUCUGUGUCCCCCAGGACCCCACACUCUCCUCCUGGUCUUACGGGUGGAUGUAUCAUUCACUGAGGAACACAGAAGAUCAGUAGAAGAACACCUGGGUCUUCUCAGUGAGUUGGUCUGGAGUCACACUAUAGUGUUGUUCACCAGGGGGGACUCUUUGGGAGACACAAGCACUGAAGAACACAUUGAGAGUGAAGGGAAGGACCUCCAGUGUCUUGUUGAAAAAUGUGGAAACAGGUAUCAUGUUCUCAACAAUAAGAACAGGGGUGAUGGAACUCAGGUCACAGAUCUGCUGGAGAAGAUAGAGGAGAUGGUGUCAGGAAACAGAGGAGGACAUUAUGAGAUGAACAGAGAGAUCCUGGAGAAGAUAGAAGUGAUGAAGAGAAAGAAAGUAGAACGAGCUGAUGAGAGAACAAAGACUACAAGUAAUCUGAGAGAAAUACAACAAACAUUUAUUGAUAAGUCCCUUAAACUCUUACCUCUGAGGAUUGUCCUGUUGGGGUCCAGAUGGGCUGGGAAAAGUUCAUCAGGAAACACCAUCCUGGGCAGAGAGGAGUUUAUCAUGAGGACAUCUGCUCAGUGUGUGAAGAGACAGGGAGAAGUAGCAGGGAGGCAGGUCACUGUGGUCGACACUCCAGGAUGGUGGGAGAAUUACCCUAUAGAGAUGACUCCUGAGCUGAUUAAACAGGAGAUCAUGCUCAGUGUGUCUCUGUGUUCCCCAGGACCCCACAUUCUCCUCCUGGUCUUACAGGUGGAUACAUCAUUCACUGAGAGACACAGAAGAUCAAUAGAGGAACACCUGGGUCUUCUCAGUGAGCUGGUCUGGAGUCACACUAUAGUGUUGUUCACCAGGGGGGACUGUCUGGGAGACACAACUAUUGAGCAACACAUUGAAGGUGAAGGGAAGGACCUCCAGUGGCUUGUUGAGAAAUGUGGAAACAGGUAUCAUGUUCUCAACAAUAAGAACAGGGUUGAUGGAACUCAGGUCACAGAGCUGCUGGAGAAGAUCGAGGAGAUGGUGGCAGGAAACAGUGGAGAUUACUUUGUUAUUUACCCUAAAAUGGGCAAAGAAAAAAUAAACUUUGGUCCUGAGGAGCCCCCCACUCCAUUAGAGGACACAGACCAUCAUCUUGCCAGUAGGAUGGGUUUGGAUGAGCUGUGGAAGAAACCAUCACUGCCAAUAAAGGGAGCUAGGAGCAUAGAACUUCCUCCUCCAAGCAUGAGUGGAGACAGCAGACCUGAGACUGCCUAUGAUGAACAGAUGUCUGAAGGUGGAACCAGAGUUAAAAAUAUAAUAAAAGGGAUGGAUGAGCUGUGGAAGAGACCAUCACUGCCAAUAAAGGGAGCUAGGAGCAUAGAACUUCCUCCUCCAAGCAUGAGUGAAGACACCAUACCAGAGUCUGGAUAUGAUGAGGAACCGAUAUCUGAGUGCGGAACCCUAGUUGAAAGUAAAAUGAAAGGGAUGAGUUUGGAGGAGAUGUGGAAGAAACCAUCACUGCCAAUAAAGGGAGCUAGGAGCAUAGAACAUCCUCCUCCAAGUUUGAGCAGCAGAUCUGAGUCUGGAUUUAACUCUGAACAAAGGUCUGAGGGUGCAUCAGUAGCAGAAUCUCUGCAAAACCCAAAGAAAAGGAUGUUAGACUUCAUCUCUGAGGAUCCAAAAGUUCUUCAGUAAUAGACUGAUAUCAUGUUGUGGUUCUUCAGUUGUAGACUGGUAUCAUGUCUUUGGGUGAAAUUUCUUUAUACAAAGGUUAAUUAUUCUGUCCUGAAAUGUCUUUAUACAAAGGUUACAUCUAUGUUCUUAUGUCCAGUCCUUAGUGUAACAAUGUUUGAAUAGAAUAAUACUUUUUUGGAUGAUUAUUUAUUUUUUCUUUGGACAACUUUCAUUCAAGGGAUUAUUUGAGUGUAAGAUCAAGCUGAUCAACAACAAUAUUUUCCACAGACUUUUUUGUUCAUAUUUACCAAGGGUGCCAAUAAUUCUGGAGGGCACUGUACAAUGUAAUUCCACGAUCUAGGAACACACAACCAACAAAAAACACAGGAUAUUAUACACACUGUGGUGACGUGUGUCCAGCCAGUGAGUCCAUGGAUUUACAUCUGUGUCCUGAUGAUACAGGUUGAAAGUACAAAUAAUAACAAAAUAGCAAUAGCACAUAUGUAUUUAAAAGCUUAGGACAAGGGCCAUGGAUGAAUUAAAAAUAAAUAAAUGUUGUGUUCAGAAUGUAUUAAUGAAUACACAACACAAGGUUCUGCUGCUGGGGGCC